GAACGCAAUCGUAGUCAUAUUAUCGGGCAGUUGCGGGCGGUGUAUAUAGAAUGAGAUAGUUAAAUUAUUUUGCAUUAGAAGUUUGUAAAGCAAUUAGUUAUCCAUAAAAUGUCAAACACAUUUUUGUACUUUGCUUAUGGAAGUAAUUUACUUACUAAAAGAAUACGUCUAAGCAACUCGACUGCUAUAAUGAAAGAUAUCGGUUUUAUAAAGAAUUUCAGGCUUGAUUUUCAGAGAUAUUCUAAACGAUGGUGUGGACCAUCUGCGACAAUUGUAGAAACAGAAAAUUUUACUGUAUGGGGUGUGAUUUGGGAGUUAGAUAACUGUAACCUAACUACAUUAGAUUGUCAAGAAGGUGUUCAAGAUAAUUUAUAUCAUGCGAUGUUUGUAAAUGUCGAGACUCCUAAUGGUACAAUCCUAAAAUGUAGAGUAUAUCAGCAAUGUAGUAAUCCAAAGGAAUACAUCAAGCCAAUAGACUUUCCAAUGAACAAGAGACCUUCGCCACUAUAUCUCAAUAUGAUAUUAAAAGGAGCAGAGGAGCAUAAUCUUCCCACUGAUUACAUAAAAUUCUUAAAAACUAUACCACACAAUGGAUAUGAGGGAGAAUAUGAUAUUAGCCUUUCUCUGAUCGAAGAUUGACUUCUAUAACAUUUUUGUUAUGUGCAUUCUUUUGAUAAUAUGGAUCAAGAAUUACAUAUUCUAAUGCUGU